UGUAAACAUGGCCACAUUGCGAAGGUCGUUUCGUUUAUGUGGUCGGUUCUCCCAUUUAUACACUCGUUGUCAGGGUAAACUACCACUCCACAGAAGAUGCAUGUCGGUGGUUUCUUGUAUAGAUCCAUCUAUGGGAUUAAAUGAAGAACAGCAGCAGAUCCAGAAAUUAGCAAAAGACUUUGCUGCUAAUGAGAUGUCUCCUCACAUGGCUCAGUGGGACCAGGAAGAAAUUUUCCCCGUAGAUGUGCUGAAGAAAGCUGCUGCACUUGGCUUUGGUGCUGUUUAUUGCCAAGAAGAGUUUGGUGGAAGUGGACUUAGUCGUCUGGAUGCAUCAAUAAUAUUUGAGGCUCUCUCACAGGGCUGUGCCAGCACAACAGCUUACCUCAGUAUACACAACAUGUGUGCCUGGAUGGUAGACACAUUUGGAGAUGAUACACAGAGAGAGCAGUGGCUGCCAAAUAUGGCCUCCAUGGAAACCUUAGCUUCAUACUGUCUCACAGAGCCAGGAAGUGGAAGUGAUGCUGCAUCUCUUUCUACCACUGCCAAAGUGGAUGGAGAUCAUUUUAUUUUGAAUGGCACUAAGGUAUUUAAAAGUGGUGGAGGAGACACAGAUGUGUACAUUGUGAUGUGUAGGACUGGGGAUAAAGGACCUGGUGGAAUCUCAUGUCUAAUGGUGGAGAAAGGCUCUCCAGGACUACAUUUUGGUAAAAAGGAGAAAAAGUUAGGCUGGAACUCUCAGCCCACCCGUGCUGUGAUAUUUGAAGACUGUAAGGUGCCAAGGACAAACCUGCUGGGAGGAGAAGGGAAUGGGUUUAAAAUAGCAAUGAAAGGUCUCAAUGGUGGGAGGAUAAAUAUAGCAAUUUGUAGCUCAGGGUGGUCAACAGUCAUAUUUAUUUUAUUUAAUGCUAAUUUGAACCCGAUUCUGUCCAAUCAGUACCUUCAGUUUAAAAUAGCAGAAAUGGCCACCAGCCUGGUCACCUCAAGGUUGUUGGUGCGGCAGGCGGCAGUGGCACUACAGAACAAUGCCCCUGAGGCUGUGUCCCUGUGCUCCAUGGCUAAGUUACACACAACUGAAGAAUGCUUUCAGGUGUGCGACCAAGCAUUACAGCUAUUUGGAGGAUAUGGUUAUCUCAAAGACUACUCAGUGCAACAGUACAUGAGGGAUAUAAGGGUGCACAGGAUACUAGAAGGUACAAAUGAAGUGAUGAAGAUGUUGGUUUCAAGAGAUGUGCUCAAGGAUUAAAAAUAAGAUUUCAUGGGCAGAUAGGGAGUGGCUUGAGUAUUCCAGCAGACUUUCAUAAUUUUUCAAGUUUACAUUGAUGGGUUUCUGAUUUUUUCUGUUGGAAGACGGUCAAAUAUGGCGGA